CACAGGGUCAGGGCUCAGAAAUCAGUAUGGAGUAAAUAAAUGAAUGGAAUGCUCUUUCAAAUACCUGUGUGGAAGGAAAAUGUUGCAUCUUUGAAAGGCCCCUCAACCACAGACUGGUAGACCCGGGAGUCCACUGGUCCCAUCACCAUCUCUGUCUCUGUGCCGGACUCAUCCCAAAGCAAUGGUGGCCCAGGUGCUGUGCCUUUAGGAUGUGAAGUCCUCCUGAAACUCCUGUGGAAAUGGCCUUUAUCUCAGGGUCCGGAGAGCAGCCAAAGAUGCAGAGUGUGGCCUGGGAGGACAGUAGCCUUCAACCCUGCCCAGUGGGCCCUCAGCCUCCAUCCCGGAGUUUGAGCACAGCUGUGAAUUCGGUCGAAGAGGUCAACCUUCCCGAUAGAGGAGGACCCUCCUCCCGUGAUGGGUAUACGGAUUCUCCAGGAUCUUCAAUUGAAGAUGAUCAUAACAAAGUAAAAGAAACACAAGCGAGAAGAGUAAAUGGAAAACCCAGACGUAAAUUUACCAAGGAUGAGUUGUACCUACUUAAUCACACAUUUGAAGAGAAUCCUUACCCUGAUUUUACCAUUCGAAAAGAACUGGCUGGGCAACUCUGUUGUCAAAUAUAUGCGAUUGAUAACUGGUUCCAGAACAAAAGAGCCCGCCUGCCACUUAAAGAGAGACAGAGAAUAUUUGCUACUAGGAAACUGCAUCUGUCCUCUGCCCAGGGUCAUCCCUAUGGAAGCCUCCAGGACCCCCAGGACCCCACCAGGGCCCCUGAGCACACCUACUCCUCUACCCUGGCUGCCCUUCCAGGAGGAGCAGGCCAUUUGUCUCCAGAGACUCAGUGGGUUUCCAGUCAACAGGAUGGCUCAGGUGACACCAGGGUCCCAGGCGUUGAAAAGGAACUGAGCUAUGCUUUGGGGUAUCAAGGUAACCUGGGAAGCGGGCUGUAUUCCAACUAUCCAUUUUAUAGCUACAAACCAGCAAACAGUCUUCCUCCUACUUCUGUGCAGUAUCAUGAGAAGUAUGAGCCUGACACCGGGCAGAGCUGGACUUCGAGGGCCUUCGUCCUGCACGGUGUUUAUAGUCAGCAGGGGGAGAGGCAGCAGCAGCAGGUCUAUUGUCCUUAUGCGCUGUAUUCACUGUAUCAAGGACAACAGCAGAAUGGUUGCUAGAUAUCCUCAGCAGCAGCCUGGGCUUCAGAAUGAUCAAGACAAAUGGUGUUCCAGGAUCAGCUCCUCCAUGCACCUGAGUUCUGGGGAUAUAGGGCAGCAUGUGCCUUCCCUUCAGUCGCAACAGUGGGUGUUCUCAAACUGGCAGUGGUCAGGUCUCUGCUAAUACCCUUUGAACAAGAUAUGCAGCACUGAUGAUCCAUCCUGGUAGGGCAACAGGGUCCCUGGCUGUGCAGUUCAUAGUGUCUUGGAGAAAAGCUGGACUAGAGUCUGGAGCAUGAAACCAGCAAACACAGACAGAAGACAGCUGUCAACCAGCUGUUAGGGCUUUGGAAGAAAGAGGCUCUUGGCAGAGCACUUGUUCCAGUUAUAGUCCCCUUCCCCCACCCCAGAGACAAGAUAGGCAAGCAGAAGUACAAGGUUACAAAGGACACUCCCCUGUAGUAGCCUCUGGAGUAGCCUAGAAGGCUGCUGCUACUGCAAAGCUCUCUACUCUGCAGAACCCGGGCAGCAGCAUAUGUCCUUGCUGGAGCCCUGACUGCAGGGGCCAUCCUGACAACAUCAGCUUGGUCAUCUAAGACGCAGCCCCUUGGUUGAGACCAUCUAAAGCAGGAAUUUGCAACACCUCCCAAGAGCCCCCGGAUGAUGCUAUACUUGAGCCGGUGUGCAGCCCUCACCAGUCCCCUUGGCUGAGAGCUCUGCUUAGGAAUUAACCUAGAGCGUGGAUGUGCAUCAACAGGAUGUCCCAAGAUCCCAAGAUCCACGUACCCAGUUGAGCAUCUGAAUGCUAUGUUGUGGGGAAGCUCAAUUGGCGCCUGCCUUUGCUUCAGGCGAUGAUCCUGGGGGUGCUGGGAUUGAGUCUCCCUCUCCCUGCCUCUUCUGCCUGCUUAUGUACUCUCUAAUAAAUUCUUUAAAAAAAAAAAAAAGCCAUGUUAACUAGUUUUUGGGAAAUAGCCUGGUGUCU